CCUCAAUACAAACCUCUAUUUCCAGAGAUGGUUAGUAUCAUUGUAAAAUGUCAAUAAACCUUUUGUGAUAUUAUUUGGAAAACAGGUUUGCAAUAUCUUUUUCAAAAUAAUCAAAUUAUAAAAAUGAAAGUGAAGGCAGAAAGUGAUUUCAAAUAUUUUUUCUUAUGUGAAAAAAAUGUGUUUAAUAAAUAGUCUUUUGUACUUAUUCUCACUUGCUGAUAUGUCAUACCUUUGCUAAUAAAGUAAUUUGAAACAAUAUUUGUUUGGUUUUUGAUGGUGGUGAUUUACACAAAUAUAACAGAUUGGACAAUUGUGAGUUUUCAGAAAUUCUAAUUAUCUUAAAUAUUAUUCUGUACCUUAAAUAUUUAGGACUAUUCUUUGCAUUUAAUAUUAGAUCUGGGUUAAAAAAAGCAACUUUUCUUCAAACCUUGUUAACUGCAACCUUUUGUGCUGACAGAAAUAUUUAUUUUCUCACCAUAGUGAAACCCACAGAAUUCCACCCACAUCUGCAAAUAUACAAAGGCUGAGCUGACCCCUUGGUUUUGUCUGGUUAUCAAUGCAUGGCAGGUUGGAGAGAAACAAAACCAUAAGCAGUCCACGUGCACACUCCAUGCACAUGCUACGACAUGCCUUGAUUCAUUUCCAGUAAAUGUGAACGCCCUCCCCAUCACACACACAAAUGUGCAAGGAAACAGCUGUGAGGGAUCUCACAGAAUGCAGGCUUAAAAGUGAAAGGCAAAGUCAGUCAUGCUGAGGAAAUUAAAAAGGCCUCAGGGAGGCUGAAGAGAGACACAGAGAGACAGAGAGACAGAGAGAGAGAGACAGAGUAAGAGAGAGAGAGGGAGAGAGAGCGAGAGAGAGUGCGCUGUGAAGCAAAGGAACUCCCCCUUUGGUCUUAUUCAUAAAGCCAAAGACAUCUAAAAGAGUGCACUUGGCAGGACUUUUCCUUAUUUGUGGUUCAAACUCCUGCAGCGAGGACAAGGAUUCAAGUCUGUUUACAGUUUAUGUCCUGGGAGCUGUGGCCUCUUUGUUAGAAAACAUGGAAUGUUGAACGCAAAAGGCAUCUUAUUCGCGCAAAACGUCAACACGAAAAAUAAGAUUAGCUGGAAGAAAAAUAAAGUCCAAGACAACCAUGUCAGUGACAGGAAAUCUUUGGAGCAACUUCUCUUUGUUUACGUUGGCUGUGUCAGUGAUCCUGGAGGUCUGUGAAGUGCAGGGCUGUCGGAUUGGCUCUGGAGCAGAAUGUGAGAAAGCUCCUUUUGUUCCGGGGCACAACCUUGCAGGAGAGGGAUUUGAUGUUGUCAGGAUGCAUCGAACAGGGGCGUAUGUCAUCAAUGUUAAAGCUCAUCUGGUUGACAACCACACCUGCACAGUGUGUCCAAACCGUUUCCAAAACGGACAGUUUCAGAGACUCCCAGCAGCUGUUCUCGACUGGCGUCCUUUCAGUCGCUGCAGUAAACAUCUUUCCAGUGCCCUUCAUCACUCUGUGGACUCUCUUCUGCGUAGUUCCAACUCCCUGGUCAACACCAACUGGGAUCUGGGUUUGAGUCUCGAUAACAUCGGCAGGGCAGUGCUGGGAGGAAGCCGCUCAGAACUGGCCAAGUUCGCUCGUUCGCAGCACAGUGUGGACAAGGCCACAUUUGCCAUGCAUGAAAUCAGUUGCACCUACUACAGCUACAGACUGGCCGACCACCCUCAGCAGAGUGCUGAAUUCUCCAAGCAUCUCAAGAGACUCCCACAGAGUUUGAACACCAGCCAGAACAAAGCACUGUAUAGACGACUGAUAGACACGUAUGGAACGCACUACAUAUACCAGGUCCAGCUUGGGGGUAAAGUGAGGAGAAUCACUGCCUUUAGGACCUGCCUGGCAACACUGAAGGGCUUUUCCGAGUCAGAAAUCAAUCAAUGCUUGAACGCCGAACUGCGAAUGGCUCUUGGGUUUCUUCCUGGUAAUGCAUCCCUCUCCAACAAGUGCGAGAAACUUCUGAAGGGCAACAUGAGCAUGGGCUUCUAUCAAGGUUUUAUGACCCAUAAAAUUGAGGUGAUCGGAGGAGAGAGGUACUUCCCUGACAUCCAGGACCCAUCUGAAGACUACCACAGCUGGAUGAACAGUCUCCACAACAACCCUGAUGUAGUUACCUACGCCAUCUCACCCUUACACCACUUAGUGGACGACUUCCAAGUAAGAGAGAAUCUGAAAGGCCUUGUGACAGAGUACAUUAAGGAAAACCAACUUCAGGAUCAGUCCACUGUCAAGAACUGUUCCCCAACUGCCAAUCUGGAUCACAACUGCUGUCCUCUGAGGGCCGGCAGAGGUCAUCUCAGAUUAGAGAUCCACAGAGCUGCAGGCCUGAGGGCGGACACUUUCACCAAAACUGAUGCCUAUGUAAAAAUCUUCUACAACGGCAUGUACGAGGAGACAGAAACCGUGUUAGAUAACAAUGACCCAGAGUGGAAUGCCACCUAUGACUUUGGCUCGGUAGAACUUGGUCAGGGGUUGAGGUUUGAAGUCUGGGACAGAGAUGUACUCUAUAACGACAUGGCUGGAGUCUGUGUGGUGUUUCCUGAGCGAGGAACUCACUCUCUGAGCUGUCAGCUAAAAAAAGGCAUCCUUUAUUUCACCUACACCAUCAAAUGUGAUGCUCAUUUGACAGGAUAUAGGUGUGGACGAUACACACCCAGCACUUAAUAAUGAUUAUCCCUUUCAGUUACAGAUUUUAAUGUUAUAGUAUUAUAUAUGGUAUAAAACCAGUGUUCCCGCUAGAAUUCUUUAGGUAGCAAUUGAUGAUCCUGGAUCUGGAGGUCAUCAUUAUCAUCUUUGAAAAUUCAUUCCCCUUUGUUAGUGAGUUUUGUAAAAUAUAGUAAGAACAGGAGCCACAUAUAAUAUAGAUUGAUUUUAGACUCUUAACAUAUAAUGUUUUCUCACUCCUCUUAUGUAGUCGCUUUUGUUAGCACUUUAAACUUUAUAUAGUCACAAUCCUAUAAUAACCUUUUAUACUUAUAACCUUGGAUAUUAUCAUUGAUAAACCAAGGGCCGAACAGAACUUUAAGACGUUUAUUAUUUAUGCUAGUUACAGUAGCAGGUAUAGGCAUAGGUAUAGGUAUAGGCACUAUACUUGUGUCUAUGCCCCACUUUUGAAGCAGUGGCAGCAAUAAGGAUCCAAUAAUGCACAGCUUAUUGUACAUAUACAGAAACAUUGAACUUCAAGUGUCAUUGUCUGGAAAAGGUAAAAAGUUUUUUCGUGUAAAAUUUGGUGGUAAAGUUUCUGCAGCCAUACAUGGAAUGUAACUGUAGUUGAUAAGAGUCUUGUGCUGUCGCUGACGCAUUUUCAAAGGUAUUUCAAAAUAGAAUCAUUAUUGCAACGACGGCUAAUUUUGUAUAGGGCUCUUAUGCAGUUACAUACUAUACAGACCAUGUACAGUAUGUUUACAAUAUUUUAUAUUAUUAUUAUAUUUGUGUUAAAUUAAUUGUGGGUAUAAGCAGAAUGACCUGAGACAAAUGUUUAUCGUAAUUUACCUUAUAAUAAACACCCAUUUCCCUCCUCGAUAUGUUUUUUAAGUUUUUUUUUUUUUCAAUAUUUAUUAUUGUUAUUCUGUUCAAGAAAAGAACCUAAGAACAUACAAAUGAUGUUGAAAAACCUUUAACAGUCACAAGUAAACAUCUACAGCAUACUGGCUAGCACAGAUCACAGACCGUCAAUGAAGGCAGCAACUUUUUUUUAACUUAAAUGAA